CUAUGAACAUGAGGAAAUGGAUGGUGAUCAAUCUUUGAUUCUGCUUAGUAGACAUGCAUUUCGUAGGAACUCUCCUCCAAGUGAAUUUAAGGACCUCGCACAUGAAGUUGUAUCCACCACUGGAGGCCUUCCCUUAUCUCUUGAGGUUUUAGGUUCAUUGUUGUGUGGAAAGAGGCCAACGCAAUGGAGAGGUACGAUAAAGAAGUUGAAAAAAGUUCCAAAUAGGAAAGUGCUAGAAAAGUUAAGGAUUAGUUAUGAUGUAUUAGAAAAUGGACAAAAAGAAAUAUUUUUGGAUAUCGCUUGUUUUUUCAUUGGCACCGACGAAAGAAUUGCAUCUUACAUGUGGGAUGCCUGUGAAUUUUUUCCAGAGGAGGCAAUUGAAGUAUUAAGAUUUAUGUCAUUAAUAAAAGUUGGAGUUAAUCAUGAGCUCAUAAUGCAUGACCAAUUGCGAGAUCUUGGUAGGGAAAUCGUUCGCGAGGAAAACCAGCAGGAGCCUUGGUACCGUAGCAGGUUAUGGGAAUCCAAGGAAAUCCAAAAAGUGCUGGAGGGAAAUAAGGGAACAAAAAGAUCGUGGCCAUUUAUCUUAACAAAGGCAGCUCUUAAGACUUUGGCGAGACACCUGAACAUGCUGGCAAUAUCCUUACAAGCGAACAAUUCAAGAAUUUAACGAGGCUAAGGUUUCUUCACGUGAAUGGGGCACAUUUUAG